CGACUCUGCCAGUCAGCGCCGCGAGCAGCCGACGCACCCCUGUUGCCGUCAGCAACGCCCGCUGUUCCAUCAGCGUAGAAGGGAGGAGAUCAUCUAUUCGAGGGGGCUUGCUCCAUCGGGACACUUUGCGGGCCGCGCUUUUCGCGUGUGGUGGUGGUAAGACGAGGCUGCUCGGCCGAAUUACACAUGUGCUGAAACUCCGAGCGGCCCUGCGAGUAACCGCGGAGCCGCGGUGACCGCAAGGGAAGCGAGGCUGGAGGCUGCAAUUCUCACGAGCGGUAGCGACGACGACGUUGUGGUGCUGUACAAGCGAGUGCCGCCGGCGAGGCUGGUCAACGGUGACGGCAUGGCUGGCGCCGGCAUGUCCGAAGACGUCCGAGAGCCGCCGGACAGGCGCCUCAUCGAGCGGGAGGGCAGUCCGGAGGCACCGUACCCACCGGCCGCGCCCGAGCCGGGUUUCGUGACGCCGUCCGUCGGCCCGGGCGGCAAGCGCGUCCGGUGCAUGGACAUGAACCUGUACGCCACCAAGAAGAGCAUCGCCCAGGGGAUGAUGGACAUCGCGCUGCUCACGGCCAACGCGUCGCAGCUCAAGCAUCUGCUGCACGAAGGGCCCGAGGCGAACCGCUUCUACGGGCUCACCGUCGCCUGUGUCGCUCUAUCCAUCGGGCUGCAGGUCAUAGUGGGGAUACUCCUGAUAUUCAACGGCCGAUACAACAUCAACAAGACCCACCAGCAGCGGAGAGCGGAGCUGUUCAACAAUGUCAUAAUCAUCGGGGUCUUCCUCAUAACGGUCAUCAACAUAUUUGUUUCUGCAUUCAGUGGUCCAGAUUCUCCCAGAUGGUCUGAACGCCCACGGCUACCGUGAAAAUGUGUAUUACAAGCAUUCACUUGGCAUCUUCGUCUGACAUUGUCAUCAAUUGCUUUUUUUUUUUUUUGCUGCUGUGUAUGCUGCACUAAACCUUGAUAAGAGCUUUUUUAACGUUGCAUACGUUGUCAAGUUUGAAGAGCUGGUGCUGUACUGCGUUCGGUAAUAACCUACGGCUAGUCGUGUCUCGACUUCAAGGAACUUCUAUAUGCAAUAAAACAGUAUUGGUAACAUGUG